AUGGGCCCUUGUAUAUCUAAAAAGAAUAAACCUCAAGAUAAAACUAAAGAAUUAGACGAAGAAUCAGAAGUAAAACUAGAUGACUCAGCUUGCCAGCGGCUUUAUAGUAAAAAAGAGCCUCGAUCAAGCCUCACUAUUCAUCCAUCAGACCAAUCAACCCACGACACUCAUCAAUACUUCAAGCGUCGGGAUUUAUCCCUGCUAACUCAACGAUAUAUUUUCAGAGGCGCCUCCAUAACAAAGCAUCAUCAAGGUUUCGAAGAAAAAGGUAUGAAACUCGACGAAUCUCAAAUCGACCCUACCUUUUUAGAAAGUAUUGGAAUAUGAGUUACCUGCAAAAAGGGUUUAAAAACUGAAGACCCAAACCAAGACAAUUUCUGUAUCAUUAUUGACGGCUCUGAUUUCCUAUUAGGAGUUUUCGAUGGCCAUGGUGAGCAUGGCCACUUCAUAUCUGAAUUUCUUUCAAAUUGUCUGCUUCAAACUGCCCUGUCAAAUCCUUUAUGACAAUCCGACCCUUUAUCCUCUAUAAAAGAAUCAUACCUUUCCUCUCAGUCACUUUUAAUCGAAGAAUCCAAUUCUGAAGCCUCCAAUUUCGAGUGCAAAUUUUCUGGAUCCACUGCUGUAACAGUCUGUGUAAAACAAAACCACCUUUAUAUUUCCCAUGUAGGCGACUCUCGUGCUGUAUUAGCUAAAAAACAAUCACAAGGCUAUUUGGCUGUGCCUUUAACAAACGAUCAUAAGCCUAAUUUUCCUGACGAGAAAAAAAGGAUUGAAGAGACUGGAGGAGAAGUCAAACAAAUGUGAGGAGAAAAAUACUGGAGGGUUUUUUUCCCUGGAAAAGAAUUUCCUGGACUUGCCAUGAGCAGGUCUCUUGGAGAUUUAGCAUCACAUCCAGCUGGAGUUAUUUCUGAGCCAGAAAUAAAAGAAAUCGAGCUGGAAGAAAAUGACGAGUUUUUGGUCAUUUGUAGUGAUGGGAUAUGGGAAUUUAUUAAAGAUCAAGAAGCAGUAGAUUUGGUAGCAAAAAGUGGGUAUCCGAAGCAGGCAGCUGAAAAAUUAGCUGCAUUAUCGUGGAUGAGAUGGCUGCUUAGUGGGACUAAUACAGCUGAUGAUAUGACGAUUAUUAUUGCAUAUAUUCCUAAGCUUACUUAA